CCUCCGCACCUCUUUUCUCUCAAGUUUCAGAAAUUUCCAAAGACGUUUGUAUGUCGUCACCUGAGAGGAGAGGAAGUUGAGGUUUUUGGGGUCUCUUCUUUAGUACCUGCAACGAGAGGAAACGGUUACCUUGGGAGGGGGUUUGUGGUCACCCUCCUAUUUGGAAAAACAAAUUCUGAGAAGUACCUUGAACAGUGUGAACAUUCAUUCCUCCCUCCUACGUCUGCCGGAAUUCCUAAGUGCUUAGAAGAAAUGAAACGGGAAGCCAGAACGAUUAAGAUCGACAGAAGAUUAACGGGUGCCAACAUCAUCGACGAACCUCUUCAGCAAGUCAUCCAGUUUUCCCUGCGGGAUUACGUCCAGUAUUGGUAUUAUUCACUGAGUGACGAUGAGUCCUUUCUUCUUGAAAUUAGGCAGACGCUUCAAAACGCACUCAUCCAGUUUUCUACUCGGUCCAAAGAAAUAGACUGGCAGCCUUAUUUCACCACACGUCUUGUAGAUGAUUUUGGCACCCAUCUCAGAGUAUUCAGAAAAGCUCAACAAAGGAUAACAGAAAAAGAUGAUCAAAUGAAGGAUAGAGCGGAAAAUCUUGUAGAUACUUUCUUUGAAGUUGAAGUUGAAAUGGAGAAGGAAGUUUGCCGGGAUCUAGUCUGCACUUCUCCCAAAGAUGAAGAAGGAUUCCUAAGGGAUCUGUGUGAGGUUUUACUGUAUUUAUUGCUACCUCCUGGAGACUUCCAGAACAAGAUCAUGCGAUACUUUGUCAGGGAAAUUCUUGCCCGAGGAAUUCUUCUUCCAUUAAUAAACCAACUCAGUGAUCCUGAUUAUAUUAAUCAGUAUGUCAUAUGGAUGAUUCGUGAUUCCAAUUGCAACUAUGAGGCCUUCAUGAACAUUAUUAAAUUAAGCGACAAUAUAGGAGAGUUAGAAGCAGUAAGGGAUAAGGCAGCAGAAGAAUUGCAAUAUCUUCGGUCCCUAGAUACAGCAGGCGAUGAUAUCAACACUAUAAAAAAUCAAAUAAAUAGCUUAUUAUUUGUAAAGAAAGUAUGUGACUCGAGAAUACAGAGGUUGCAGUCAGGAAAAGAAAUAGAUACUGUGAAACUGGCAGCAAACUUUGGAAAACUUUGCACAGUCCCUCUGGACAGCAUUCUUGUAGACAAUGUUGCACUACAGUUUUUUAUGGAUUAUAUGCAGCAGACUGGUGGCCAAGCCCAUCUCUUCUUCUGGAUGACAGUGGAAGGCUACCGGGUUACAGCCCAGCAACAGUUGGAGGUGUUGUUAAGCCGUCAGAAGGACGGAAGACAUCAGACUAAUCAGACCAAAGGCCUACUAAGGGCAGCUGCUGUGGGAAUUUAUGAGCAGUAUUUAUCAGAAAAGGCAUCUCCAAGAGUUAAUAUCGAUGACUACUUAGUAGCAAAAUUAGCUGAUACUUUGAACCAUGAAGAUCCAACACCUGAAAUUUUUGAUGACAUUCAAAGAAAGGUAUACGAGCUGAUGCUGCGGGAUGAAAGAUUCUACCCUUCGUUCAAACAGAAUGUUCUUUACGUGCGUAUGUUAGCGGAACUGGAUAUGUUGAAAGAUCCUAGUUUUAGAGGCUCAGAUGAUGGUGAUGGAGAGUCUUUUAAUGGAUCCCCUACAGGGAGCAUAAAUUUGUCUUUAGAUGACCUUUCAAAUGUGUCUUCUGAUGAUUCAGUGCAACUCCAUGCCUACAUUUCAGACACGGUCUAUGCUGAUUAUGACCCAUAUGCUGUGGCAGGAGUGUGUAACGACCACGGCAAGACAUACGCCCUGUACGCCAUCACCGUUCAUCGACGCAAUCCAAGCAGUGACGAGAUAUGGAAGACCUAUCGACGCUACAGUGACUUCCACGACUUUCACAUGAGGAUCACCGAACAGUUUGAAAACCUAUCAAGUAUAUUGAAGCUGCCUGGUAAAAAGACUUUUAAUAAUAUGGACAGAGAUUUUUUAGAAAAGAGGAAAAAGGAUCUAAAUGCAUACUUACAGUUACUGUUAACGCCUGAAAUGAUGAAAGCUUCCCCAGCAUUGGCGCACUGUGUGAAUGACUUCCUGGAGAACAAAGCCUACAGUAAAGGAAAAGGGGAUUUUGCACGUAAGAUGGAUACUUUUGUAAACCCACUCCGCAACUCUAUGAGAAAUGUUUCAAAUGCAGUUAAAUCCCUUCCUGAUAGCUUGGCAGAGGGAAUGACGAAAAUGUCAGACAACAUGGGCAAAAUGUCAGAAAGAUUAGGACAAGACAUAAAGCAAUCAUUUUUCAAGGUGCCUCCUUUAAUUCAGAAGACUGAUUCUGAUCCUGAGCACUGCCGAGUCGCUGCCCAGCUUGAUGACAACGUGGAUGAUAAUAUUCCUCUUAGAGUAAUGCUACUUCUCAUGGAUGAAGUCUUUGAUUUAAAGGAGAGAAAUCAGUGGUUGCGAAGAAACAUUAAAAAUUUACUUCAACAGCUUAUUAGAGCAACAUAUGGGGACACGAUUAAUAGGAAAAUAGUCGACCACGUUGAUUGGAUGACCUCCCCCGAGCAAGUAGCAGACUCGGUGAAACGUUUCAGAGAUGCAUUUUGGCCAAAUGGCAUUUUAGCUGAGACAGUUCCAUGCAGGGACAAAGCUAUCAGAAUGAGAACAAGAGUUGCGGGGAAAACUAAAUUGCUUGAGAUAAUGCCAGAUGAGCUGAAGCACAUUAUAGGUGCUGAGACAACACGCAAAGGCAUCCUUCGGGUCUUCGAAAUGUUUCAGCACAACCAGUUAAAUAAGAGGAUGGUGUAUGUCUUUUUGGAGGGCUUUCUGGAGACCUUAUUUCCACAGUAUAAAUUCCACGAGCUCUUCAACAAACUCCAUUCUCGGUCAGAACAGAUGCAGAAAUACAGACAGAGACUUCAGUCUACUCAAGCGCCUUCUUUCCAGAAAAGGUGACACUCCAAACUCUGAAGCUGGUGUCCGUCGAUCCGGGUCGAAUGGCUUGGACAGACCUUCUGGGACUUACUCCCCCCCCUCAAGCUGUUAUUUCUGCACCAGUCUUUUAGGAUCAUGUAUUAGAUUAUUAAUGCAUCCAUGAGACCUGUGGUUCUUCUCAUCCUCACCUCUAAAACUACUACCAGGAAGGGGGUUUGUGUGUCUUAGAUGAUGUGGUGUGUCUCCUCGCAACACUGAGAAGGGAUGCUGGCCCACCCGGCGAGAAUGACGUCAGGCCCGUCCACUUCUGACCGAAGCGGCCUUUGCCAGCAACGACAGAGGGCCAGAAUGGACCGAACGAGAGCUAAGCAAAGCACAAAUAGAGGGGGGGCGGCGGAUGGAGGAAUGCGUUUGGCAACGGGAGAUUGUGCAAUGUAUGAUUUGGGUGUGAUUUGUUUUGCAUUAUGACCUUGUGGGUCUAGAUCAACAUUCCUGAACAGGGUGGGAUCGCCGGAGAUCUUCGGAGCAGUCAGCUCUAAAAAUGAUGAUAAUAAUAAUGAUGAUAAUAAUAAUGUUACAGAAAGUCCGCAAAGUCCACGGAUUGGAAGACUGAGAAAUGUGACAUUGAAACCUGAAUUAACUUCACUUUGGUGACCUAAAAAAUAAAGCUGAGUAACAUUUAGGUUUGGGUCGAAUGGUUAUUCAGUGAGUAAGGCAAUAGAGUAAAUCAAAAUUGGCCUUUUUUUUUUUCUUUUUUUGCGAGGGGGGGCGGAUUUGGAGGGCUAAAAAGAGCUCUAAUCUGCUCUUGGGCUCCACAUAUCACACACCGUUCUCUACAUUACAAAAAAUAAAAUAGAGUAACACCACAAAGGGCUCUUAUUUAAAUUUCACAAUCGAUACAGUUCCCAUUCAAACAUUUGAUACAUCUUCAAUAAGUUGGUAAUCGUAGAAAGUGGGGUGUGCUUUGAGAGAGUGUAGUUGGUUGAAGACGUGUCUCACGUUCUUCCCCUUGAAAGUGAAAAAUAAUAAGCCCUACUGUACUUCCUUAGAAGUUGCCCCGCUAAUUUCAAAUUGGGGUUCGUUCUCUCUUACCAUUGAGAAGUUGCUAAAAUUGCUACUCACCAACUCAAAUCCCGUAAACUUGGUUAGUCGUAUGCAAAUAUAGAAAUUCCUAAAUCUACCGCAGUGUACAUAGAUGAAAAUAAAGAAUGGAAACAGUUACAGUAUUUUUUUAAAUAAGUUUUUUAUUUUUCGCCUAAUGUAAAAUUUUCCUAAAUAAAAAUUCUACAAAAAUUCCUUAGCAUAGCUACUUGAUUCCCUGAAAGAAUUCUAUGCCCCAAAGAGAAAAAUCUUAUGCUUUUACUAUUUUUUGGGUAUCCAGAUAUCUUGAACUUCUCUCUUGCUCCACUCUCUCCAUUUUUGUAAACCUUAAUCAUGGGCAGUAAGCGGUGCCCUGCACAAUAUUUAACGUUCCCUUUGCCUGUGGGUUGAGGGGUGUUUUUUUUUCUUCUUUUCUUUAGGAAAAAAAAAUUAACACUAAAAACCUGGUUGAAGCUAUUUAUCAGGUCACUGAGCCACGAUCCUGGUGUUUAAAUUAACAUCCAGGUAAGAGCAAUAUGUACCCCAAUGCCCGAGAUAAAAGGGAAAGGUAGCACGCGACCAGUUAUUUGAGAGCUUUAAGGGGAAAGCGAGCAAGCACCCCGAUUUAUAUUUCAUCUGUUCCUCUUUUGGACUCUAUAUGCCCAGCGAUGCCUUUCAAAGUAAGGAAGCCUUUAAACUUCAUAAUUUGAAUCCCGUCCGUUAUCGUGGAUCACGUUCGCGUACCUAAAGCUAGCAGGCCCUUGGCCUGUGUGGAAUGUCUUCAGAAUUUCAUAACCGAGAAGGCUUUCAUUAAAGAUAAACAAAGAGGGAAAGGUGAGGAUCCUUUCCGCCUUAGCGGGUUAUUCUCCCCAGGCUUUCAAAUAGGUUGGAGGUGUUAAGGAAAUACCGUUUUCCUCAGAUAUGGGUGUAAAGGUGAACAGCAUAACGAUCAAUGAAAGGACACACAAAUGAUCAAAGUAGGUAUUGAGGUCAGUGAUGAAUCCAGAACAGGAGGAGGAAAAAAAAGGGUGCAAAAGUGGAAAAGGUCAGGAUAAAAUCCAAAAAUGUAACUAUUGUACAAUCAUACCAAAACCUAUUCUGAAUAAAGCAAUGUUUCUGUUUGUUUCGUUGUUGUUGAAGAGUUUAUACAUAACACUUUGAACUGGAAAUGUGAAGUCCUUGUUUGUAUAAAUAGUGGUGUGUCUGACCCGGGGCACCUAUGAACACCAAGAAAGAACCAUUGUCGUGCUAAAAGUUGUAGAGACUUUUGAUACUGCCGUGUGGGAAAUCUUUAGGCCCAUGAAUCAAGUACAAUGGACCAUAUUUAAGUUAUUACAGUUAAUGCAUUAUAUAUAAAUGUAUAUAUAUGCAUAUAUAUAUAUGCACAUGAAGAGGCUUUGUGUCUUCUGGUAUUUAAUUUCCAAAUGUGAUUUUUCAGGUCAGUGGUGCCUAGACAAGACUUAGCAAAAAUGAAUCACUUUUUUUUUUUUUAACUUGGGUAUGCGUUGACCACUUAAAACAGAUAAAUCCAUCCUGAUAUCCUAGGUGUUCUAACAAAAAUCCUUUCCAAAUCUCCACGUUGACUGUAGAAUUAAAAUACAGCACUUAACGUGGGUGGCCCUAACUCCUAACAUUUGAGUGUUCUGAAUUAUUGCUGAACAAUUUGUGCCAUUGACCAACAAAUGCACUUGAUUGGCCUUAAUUUUUUUUUAAGAACAUUAAACAGUUUCUCAGAUAGUUCAGUUGGCUCCUUCUUAAGCUUGUGCUGCUGGUGUUUGCUAGAACUAAACAGUUAAUUUUAAGUGCUGUCAGAACGUGUGCCGAAUUUUAAAAGCAUUUAAAACUAUAUAAAUUCCACAAUCUAAAAAUUUAAUUUUGUGCAAUAUUUUCAUUGAACGCAUGUGUAUUUGAAUAAUUGUAAAAUAAAUGAAUUUUUAAUGUUUUGAGAGAUACGUUAAACUGUCUUCUUAACCCAACAACUUACAUUUCGUUGUUGCUGCAUCGGUUUAUUUAAGGACUUGUUUUAAAAGUCUCGUUUGUCUCUCCUUGUAAAAUUUUCUUCUUUUUUGGUGAAUUUUGCUCCUGGGAGCUUGGCUCCCGUAUCACAAGGGAAAACAAUCGAAAGAGCGCAUCUUACGGAUGUAACUGUUAAAGAUGACUCGUCCAUAUCAUUGUACAGUGAGUGUCAACUGUGUGCCUAAUUAUUCUAUAAGUACGUUUCUCUCCCUUUAAAAAGAACAAACAUCAAUCUGUCGGUCAUUUUUAUUGAACUGAGAAAGAUGAACAUUUUUAUUUAAAGUUUGCAUUAUGUUCUGACCACUAGAAAAGCUGAAAAUAUUACACUAAUAAAGUAUUAAUAAACAUUUUUGUUGA